AUGGAAAAUUGCCUCAUCACUUGUACUUCUGAUGGUCUACCUUGUUUCAAUCUACAUCUGACUGAAGGAUCCAACCUCUUUCCUCCCAGCUUUGUCAGUUCCAUCUGUUAUCGACCCGCGGUCAACAGUGCUCAUGUGGUAGCUCGACCCGUUGAACGCUCUUGCCUUUACCACCGACUUAAAACUUAUUUACCGUUUGAGCCGUUCUUGUGCCACACUUGUCCUGCCCUGACGCCUGCGCUUACGCUUACGAUUCCCUUCCUGCAAGCCCUUCCCUGA